GUGAUGGCGGACGGUGGUUAGAGUUUUGUUGCUAUCUUAUGAGUUGGUUAAGCGCUCCAAGUCAUAGAUGUAUCUCAUUCAAUAGAUUAUAACUCAUUGAAAUACUUUCCACACGCUUUAACUAAGAACCAGAAAUAAGAAUGAUUAUGAGUCAAGGAGCUUUUGGAUUUCGUCGACAAUCUGAAAUGCCAAAGAUGGCGGGGAACUUGCUCAUUUGCGAAAGAAAUUUGGAAGUUACUUGACAGAAUCGUGAACUUUCGACUACGUCAUUUCUCCAGACGAUCACGUGAUAGAAAGAGCCAGUCAAUGGAACAAAAUAAAGUUGACAGUAGCUUGAGAGAGGCCCACUAUCAAUGGCGGUACACAUCUGAUAAUGUCGCGGGAACAAAGUUUCAGAGGUAGGAGAGCGGGAAGUCAUUGAUUUCGCAAUUCAGCUGCUUACCCAAAGGAGAAGAGCUGAGUCUUUUACAUUUCUCUCGGAACAUCUCAAUAUUUAUCUUUGUUUUCGCCCUCGAAAUUCGAUUCACAGUAACAAGAGUAAUGUGAUUAUUUUAUUUUCGUUUUCGUGCAUGCAACGUCGUUCUGUAAUUGCGUAUGCAUCAGACAUGUUCACCACUUAACGUAGCUUCGACGAACUCCGGUCGAGUCUUGAUGGUUCUAACCUUCAUGGAAAAUUAAUUAUUUUCAAGAAGUUUGCAGCGUUGAGACGUCAAACCAUCAAAAAGAACGUUUUUGUGGAAAGGGUUUAAUAAGCAGCGAGCAUUUUUGAAAAUACAAAACGAAACUAGAAUUGGACUGACAGUCGUUUUGCGCAAUUAAGUAACCAAAGAAGACAGAAUCUCUGACUUCCUCACUGCGAAAUUCGUAUUUUGGAAAAAAUAGUGGUUUGUUUUGAUUUGCCACCAAUCGGCAAUUGGCCUGAUUCGAGUUAUCGUGGAUAAAACUGAUAAAAAAAUAAAAUAACGAAAAUUGUUUGAGUUUUGAAAAACUUCUCAAGAAAUAGGGGUUUGACUUUGAUUUGCAGUUACAGAUCGAGUUAAAUCGAGUUUGAGUGUACAAUUUUGGCAUGUAUACAUACAAUUAUAUAAUUAUAUUUCGAUUGUUCAAAACUAAAACCGACAAUGUUAGUAAUGCUAGAAAUGCAUAAAAAUAAAUAUAAAAAAUUCCACUUGAAAUGUAAAUGCUCGCUGAGAGAAAAAUACAUUUGUGUUUGUGAAGGUUGAUUUUGUUUUAAAUAAUUUUCGAACCAGAAUGAAUUGCUUUCAUAAAUGAAAUAGUGACAUGUAAAACACAGAUUGGUCAGGUAUCAUAACUGCAGUGAUGACAAAUUAAAGAUCACAGCUGAAAACAGAUUUAACUCCUCAAAGACUUAUAAAUCGGUCAGAAAACAUACUAUGUGUCAACUGAAAAAUUUAAUGAAGUUUACCCCAUAAUAGCAAUUGGUAAACACUGACAGUCAGCUGGCUAAUGUAUAGUGCAUCUGUAAACUAAGGAACUGGCAAAGCAAUUUGGAUGUGACUGUUGAAUUUGUCUUGAAUGAUGUGUGGUUGUUGUAAGCCAGUGACUUCAUGCAUGUAGAGUAUACAUUUAAAUGAAGAGUUAAGUUUUUAAGCAUCCAAAUAAUGUUCUUUCAAAUAGCAAUCUUUUCAUAUAAGAUUAAGAUUUUAGGUGAGAUCUGUUUAACAUCUGUGUCAUGAUAGUGAAUAUUUUGAAAUCAAUUUCUCUGUUGUUGUAUUCUCCCAGGGUCUCGACCUCUUGUUACUUUUGGCCCCAAAGAUUGGGCCUCACAGAUAGUUAGAGGCAAAUUGGAAAUUUUGGAGGCAUGUCGGCAUCAUAUCCCAAAUCUUGGAUGCCUUUUGCUUGAAGGCUCUCUGUGUUCUGCAUCCUCUAAUGGAUUACAGUUUUUUCCUGGUCCAUUUGUCAAAAUCCAAUUAGUGGUGGCAUUAAGGAAUGACAAGCAAGAGCUGUUUGAUUGCCGACUGGUGACUGCUGGAAAUCAACAAUGCAAAGUUGUAAGUACUCACACCAUCUAUUAUAAUCAAUAUGACAGAGUUAGUAAAAGAAGGCCUACAAAAAAACUUGUCAAGCUAGAUUAAUUUUACCUAUAGGUCUAUAACUUGCUUUCCUCUCCCUGUGAUAAGUUGUGUUUCCAUCCAGUCUUUUAGACAAGGUGGGAGAUUUGAUAUAAUUUCUAAUUCCAUGUUACAAUUUACAGGUCUCUCUUUCUGCAGACAUUUCUCUUAAAGAUUACUUGGUUCUUGUAAUGGUCAGCUACAGUGUACAUCCUUAACCCUUUCUUGAUAGCGUUGAUAUACCUCAUUAGUUGAUGACACGGGAAACAGUUUUUAUAUUAUGUAACUUUUUAAGUGCCAAUAUCUCUUUAUUAAUUCUCUUAACUGUCUGUUGUAUAAUUUCCACAAUGUUAGUUUGGAGAAUGUGGUACUGGACCAACUGAUAAACUCCUAAUCAGUAUUCCUUUAUUCCCAUCACUUGUCUGCCUAAUAUUGUAAUGAUAUUGUUAGGAAAAAUUCUGUCUUGGUCACUCAUGAGAGUAGAAGGGUUAUUAUGCAUGCAACAGUCACAGUCACAUUGAGGUAUUGAUAUAAGCAGCCUCUAUAUGAAAAUAUAUUUAUUGUAUAUUACUCUCAUCACCACUGGCUGAUUAAUCAACACACUAAUUGCUAGCCCAGUAUGUUUUCCUGGACUCCAGUUGUUUUGGCAAAAUCCUUAUUCAUUUCUAAACAGAAUUUGCGUCAAUGAGGUCAUCAGUGGCUCUUUGAAUAUAAUCUUCAGCUCUUAAACUUCAUUUAAUCUGUGUUCUGAUUGCAGAAUGGAGGACGAAGUGUGAUCAAAGCAGAAGUGAAACCAGCUGGUUCCAUGUAUUUAGCAGAAACAUUGGCCAUUGACUGCAGUGGAGAUGAGCUGGGUUCCUUUGCUAGGAAUUUUGUAUUUCUCCUUCCAGCUAGCAUUCCUACUGAGUACCUCAUUUCACUUGAAUUCAGAGCAGUAACUGGGGAAUUGCUAGAUGACAUACAACUCCAAGUAUUGACUCAUUAUCAACAGACAAGUUUGUUUGACUUUUGUGAUGGCCAUUCCUUGUCAUCAGUGGAAUUACCAUGCCCUAAAAAGGAACUUGUUGGUAAGUUUCUGUUGUCCUGUGUGUGCCAAAAUAAACUUGGUUUACAAGCAUACACAAUCCGUAUAUGCUUGCUUGGCUUGUUGUUCACUUAAGGGUGUUAGUGUAUGAUAAUAUUCAGACAAAGCACAUGUCCAGGGAGGUUACUUGAUGGAAUGUCAAUGGAUAACAUGGUUUCAUAAAACUGGUCUUGCUUGAAGUUUACUGAAUCUAUGACAUAUCAGUCUUUGGUACCAAUAGAUGUCAUUUACAUGUAGAACACUUGGCUACUCUUGGCUAUUAAAUGAGCUUCUUCAUUCCUUCCUUGAUAAAUUCUGAUUGCCUGUCUUCAGGUAAGGAUAAUUAUUGUUAAGGCUAUAAGUUGAUCAUUGUUGGAGUUAACACGUCAAAUUAUUGAAGAUUUAAUAUUCAAUUUGGUGGAUUAUGAGCCAGCUUAAAACUUGCAUGACUGUACAAAACAUACUUGUACAUGUAUGACUAUUGUCAAAUUUUUGAAUAAAGUUCAUUUAGGUAAUCCAGUGCAUGUAAAAAUACAGAAUUCUUUAUGAUGUAAGAAAGCUUGAAAUAACUUUGACUAGUGCACCUCAAUGGAUAUCAAUUUUGCUUGAUUUGACAACUGAACCUAGCUAAUGUAUAGUCACUGUGUGCAUUCUUGUACAUGUAUACUCCAAUACUCAGUGAAGAUUGUAUAUAUUUUUACAUACAUCAGGUAUUUUGGGAACUCUAGAAGCUCAGAAGAUUGUGUCAUAUUUUCAGGAAUUAGUGGAAAAUGGUAAAUUUAAGGAUAAGGAAAACUAUAAUUGUACAUUAUAUGUAUUUAUUAAUUAACCAUAAUAAUUAUUGAUUAUUAUUAUUACUAUUAUUACCAACACUGGAUGCUGUAAAAUUUAUGACCAUUAUAAAACUCCUUGCAUUCUUGUUAACUGAUUGUGACAACUGAGGGUUUUUUUAGGGGUUCUGAGAGGCCAGCAACACAUACAAAGCAAAAAUUGACCCAAGAACCUCCCUCCCUGUUACUGCUAAGCUUUACAUUUAAAAAAUUUCUAUUAUUGUUGCAUACAUCUUUUGGUUAAUACAUUGUAAGUAGCUCACAAUUUAAUUGAAUUUGUUCCUGUACACAAUUUAAUAAGUAUCAGUGGAAAUAUUGGAAUCACAGUGCUCUACUUUGAAUUGUGGUGAACCAAACAUGUCAUGAAACAAACUGUUAUCAUUUUGUGUCAGGUGCAGGGAGAUGCUUCAGACGAGAUCAACUCCGUCUCUUCCAGACCAUAGACGAGCUCAGUCAUUCAGAGGCUUCACUACAGGAUCUGCAUCUUGCUGUAAAGCUGGAGGUACAGUGUAGUCAACGUUACAUUAUUACAGUAUACUGUUAGUUAUAUGGUUUCAAUAUUAUGGAAUGUAUGUAGAAGUAUCGAGGCUUCACUUGGCCUUUGUUUGGCACAUUGCAGUGCUUGUGUAAAUACAUGUACCUCUUACUAACCAAGUUCAAGGUUUGUGCUGUUAGUAGCGGAGCAAGAUUCUGAGCUGAAAACAAAGGUCCAUAACUUAUAGUACAGACUGAGAAAACAAGGUGUCUUAGUUAUUUCUUGUACAUCUGUGUCCAAACAGAGAUGGAAGAGUUGAAUUAAAUCAAACUUUUGAAUUUAGGUGCUGUUACAGUGUAAUACACCCUGCUAAAUUGACCAGUGCAUGUACCAACUGAGCAAUAUACAUGUACCACAUAAUUAUAUUUUUACAAAUGGAAUAAAAUCCCAAAUGUAUUCACGUAGCACAGACUUUAAUUUUGAUUGUACUUGAAAGCUUUCUUAACGUUUAAUCUGCACUGGUUACUAUGUGCCUCAUAUUAAAUAAUGUUCAAGAGGUGCAUGUUCAUCAUGAUAAACUACUAUAAUUAUAAUUGGUGGCAUGAUCAGAAAAGUAUUUCUGGAAAUAUGAGCUUGAAUUCCUUAUUUAUAAUUUUAUUCAUUCAUUUUAGGAAAGUCUCAUGCUGUACCAGAUGGGAGAUUAUGAAAGAUGCAAGCAGUUGGGUGAGAGCAUCUGCCUUCAUGCUAACACCUACCACUCACCAAAUUACAAUUCUAUUGCUGGAAGGGCAAAGUGCACUAUCUCAAGUGCUUACAAGAUGGAAAGGAACUUUACUAAGGCUGAGGAACUUUUGGAUUCUUCUACUGAGGUUAGUUAUUUCUAUUUAGAACCAUUAAUUUUUUCAUCUCUUUCAUUAUUUGUCCCAUUAAUUUGUAUAUGUAACAGAGUUUAGCUUUUUCCAGAUUCCUUAAUUAUGUGUAUCUACAUCUGUACAAGCUUAUUUCUACUUAUUUCUUUAGGUGUGUAUAAAAUGUCUAAAAUAUGGUCAGUUAUCACCUUAAUAAAAAUUUUUCAUUCCGCAUAAGCUGCUAUAAAAUUCAUCUGUUUUUAUAGGCAUUUUAUUACCUUCACCUCUUAAAUGUUUUAUGUGUCUCUACACAUCUUAUUUUGCAUCUAGGCAUCACUGGAAACUUACCUGACAAUAUCCCUGUCUUGGUUCAUGGCCCUUUUUGUGAUGCUUCUGUUAAAAGAAAUAUGUAAAAAGAUGUUUUGUCUCACACAUUCACAUGAAAAAGGCAUAGUUGACAAAAGUGUUCUGUGAAGGUGUCUUUCAUUCUGAAGCCACUGUGCUGUAUGAGUUUGAUAGGCACUGUUUCAGAGCCUUGUUGUUACCAUCUGAAGAGAGAAAGAAGAUUAUCCAUGACAUGUUGGAUGAGGCUUAGAGGACUUUUCUUUUCUCUCCUUCUUUUCAGCUCUUAGAGUCUGUUGUCCCUGGUGAAGAGACUGCAAUUAACAGAACCUGUCUUGCUGCUUUGUUGUCUGAGAAGGGCACUGUUGAAGGAAUCACUGAGCAAGAAAAAAAGAAACUCAAGAAAGCCUUGAAGGAUGCAAUGCUACACUACAGACACCAGCUCAACAAAACUCAAAGAAGGAAUGCUAAUAGUCCCAGAAGGGCUCUGAUUAGAAUGAUUCUAUUCUAUCUUCACUCCACUCGAGACCAAGCCACAAACUUGCAGAUAGCUGUGUCCAACAAAGUGUUAAACAAAGUGAAGGAGUUUGUUGAACAAUUCAACAGAGAGUUUCUUGUAAAUUGCUCCAUGAGAGACAAGGCAUUGUUUUGUAAUGCCUAUGGUGACUUGCUGAUCAGGAAAGGACAAUAUGAAGAAGGUUGGUAAAAUUAAUGGUUAUUUACGUUAUUUUUUAUUUUUCAAUUUUUUUUUCUCAUUUACUCAACAUUUACUUUUGAAUGCUUAAGUGUUAUUUAAUGAUGAGUUCAAACAUUACUGUUGCGUGCUUCUCCACAGCCAUCAGUUCAGUGUCUGAGGCUUUGAGAAUAGCAGAAGAUCUUCAGCUGCAGACAGAUAUAAAGGGAGCACGUGACCGACUUCAGCAACUCGAUCGGCUGCGUAUGGAGCGAGGGGAGGGUAGACGGGGGCCUCAUGACCUGGACGAGAGAAGAGUGGCGAGAUAUCAGGGCUUCGAAGAGCCAGGGUUUGAAGUCCUGGAGAGAUUUCUUGAGCAGCUCACUCAGCGUGUACAGAGAUGUAGACAGUACUAAAAAGUUGCAGAGGACACUGACAUUUCAACAUCUCCAUUCUAGAAACAAACCAUCAUGAACGAUCACCUGCCGUUUGUAGUGGGUUCCUGUCUGUAUUGUUACAAAAACUAGUUUUACUGAUAGGUGUACUGUGGUUAUUUGUGGCUUCAGCUUUUUUUCAUAAUGAAACAUAUCGUUGAAUUCCUGACGCCUUAACUGUCAUUACAGGGCUCAGCAAUGCAGUUCUACACGGACAAAGCUUAGUAAUGUUGUCGCUAUUGCUCUCAAGUUUAGGCAUGUAAGUCAUGUGGCAGAUUGUCUCCACUCGUUGACUGCAUUGCACUUUCUCCCCUCCUAGGAAAACUUGCCAUAAUGUAUAAUAUUCUCACGGCUGUAGAUAGCGGGUAUUACGUAAUGACGUAUACUGUAUACGCCUCCGAUCUUAGUAUAACUGAGUUAUGUAAAGGAACAAAAAAUUUAUUGUCAGAGUUUAACCAAGUAAAUGGAUUUAACCUCACUCACUUUCACUAAGAAAUAUGAGUAUUCCGCUUUAUUUAGAUGAAUCGUAGCAUGUAUGGUGUUACCGUGACGUCAUAAUCUUCAUCGUAUUACAGUAUAUAAAACUUGAUUAGUAAACGAUUAGUUAAGAUGGGGAAUGCACGUGUUUGGAUAUUCUCCUGAGAACUAGAGCCGCAAAUGUUGGUGUGUAAAUUCAUUUUAUAUUGUACAUCGCAUCAGUUAGCGUUUUGUAAGUUCAUUUCCAGUAGCCUUUGGCUUUAUAUGGAACAUAAGUGAAUAAAGUAAAUGAGUACGAC